AUGUGCGAGAGGGCUUCCGGCCUGAGCUUCGGCCCCUGCAUGCCAAAUGGGCCGGUGAUUGGCUGGACCAACCGGACAGAAAUGGUAAAUGCAUCGCUGUUCGCGAAUGGGACAUUGAGCAUGGUGAUGGGUAACCGUGAGCAAGGGAGCUACCAAGAUCCGAUGGUGGCAGACCUGGUGAACACCGGCUGCGGAGAGGGUGGCUGUGCUUUCUUCGAGGAGGCGCGCGUGGUCAUGGGCCCACCCGGAAAUUGGACAUUGCCGGAAUCAUGGCCAGGUCGAAACUUGCCACAGGGAGUGGAGACCAUUGUGAACAUUCCGCCCUACUACCACAUCGUUUACAACAACUUCACGGCCAUCGGGCCUGUUGGCGACCUAAAGAUCCACGGGAAGCUGUCCUUGGCUGAAGAGGAGGGCCUCAAAUUGCUGGUGAAGUCCAUUCAGGUCUUUGCUGGAGGCCAGUUUCAGGUUGGUACCUCAUGGGCGCCUCACAAGACCACGGCGAUUAUUUCCUUUUGGGGGGCGACUUUCGACUCCGACCCGGCUUACAUUUCUCUAAACCUGGAUUGGGGCAAGAAGGUCUUCGGAGUUUACGAGGGCAACGUGAGCCUCCACGGCCGGCCCUACACUCGCGUUUGGGGGGACCUCUUCGCCCCGGUUGGGCCAGGAGACACCUUCAUCCGAGUCCAGCAGGACGUGGGCGAUUGGCCAGUAGGUGGCGAGAUCCUCUUGACGACAAGCGAGUACCCCAACCUGGAUGGAAGCGAUACCCACACCGAGCGCCGCAUCAUCACAAGCAUCGUCUUCUAUGCGCCCUCUACGGAAACUCUGGAUUAA